CUUUUAAAUAAUGGGGUGCAAAAAUUCACGUCAGUUAAGUGAAAUAAGUAAUUUACAAAAUGAAUCAUCAAAGUCAAACAAUGAAAUUUCGGAAAACGAAGCACAAAAUGAAAAUCAUUUUGAGAAAAAUAAUGGUGUACAAUCAAAUAAUAAACAAAUGGGAGUUAGUGAUGCGAGAUUAUUAAGAAAAACAGUUUCAUUUAUUGACGAAGCCAAGAAAAACGAACCAAAAUUGGUUAAAAUUAAGAAAGAUCCUAAAACCCGAGAACUCAUACGAAAUGCAUUUUUAAACAAUGAAUUUCUUAAUUAUUUAGUAAAUGAUGAAAGAAUGGAGCUAAUAAUAGACGUAAUGUAUUCAAAGGAACUCGAAACAAAUACUUUUAUUAUUAAAGAAGGCGAUAUUGGUUCUCAUUUGUAUGUUUGUGCGUAUGGUUUACUUGAAGUAUUUGAUAAAAAUAACACAAGCAUUAAGAAAAUUAAUGUUGGUGAAGCAUUUGGUGAAUUAGCGAUAUUGUAUGAGGAACCUCGUCAAGCAUCUGUGAAAGUAAUAACUCCAUCCGUUGUAUGGGUAUUAGACCGUACAGCUUUUCAUGACAUAAUUAAACAGAUUGAUAUCAAAAAGCAUGAAGAAAAUAUGAAAUUCCUACAAGCAUGUCUUGUAUUCCAACAUGUUCCGAUGCCAAUACUUUCCAAAAUAACGGAUAUAAUAAUAACGGAGUUUUUUAAAUCUGGUUCAACAAUUAUUCGACAAGGUGAUAUAGCAGAUAAAUUUUAUAUAAUAAAAGCAGGAACUGCAUCAGUUACCAUGGUCAAGGAGAAUGGUGAGGAAGUAGCUAUGGGGACUUUAAGUACUGGUGAAUAUUUUGGUGAAAUUGCAUUGCAAAAAGAAAAUGCAGUUCGAAAAGCUACAAUACAAGCUUUAGAUUCUGGCGUAGAAUGUUUAACUCUGGAUGGAAAAUCAUUUCUGAACUAUUUGGGAAAUUUAGACGGAUUUAAAGGUGAAAAAUAUACCAAAAAUUCAACACACAUUAUAGACAAUGCAGAGUACGCGUACAUGAAAUUAGAAGACUUAGUAUUAGUACAACAUAAAUUACAAAAUACUCCAGCGUUCCGAACCGAUCUAGUUCAAUUUAAAAGUAAUAUAAAAUUAACAUUUGCCUUAAAGAAAAUACCGAAGAAAAUUCUAAAAAAUAAUCAAACAAAUUAUCAUAGUUUGCUUACUGAACGAGAUCUUUUAAUGAACUCUGAAAGUAUUUUUCUGCGAAAAUUAUAUCGAACUUUCCAGGAUAAAAGAUAUUUAUAUAUGUUGUUAGAGCCAUGCUUAGGUGGUAAUUUAUGGUUAACUUUACAACGGAAAGGACAAUUCAAUGAAGAUGUAACAAAAUUUAUGGCCGCGUCUGUAAUUCUGGCAUUUGAAUAUUUGCAUGAUAAGUAUUAUGUCUAUCGUGAUUUAAAACCGGAAAAUUUAAUGAUCGAUUCAAAAGGAUAUAUUAAAUUGGUUGAUUUUACCUUUGUUAAAUGUAUACCAGACAACUCAAAAACAUGGUCAUUUGUUGGAACACCAGAAUAUUUGACACCAGAAGUAUUAUUAAAUAGAGGGCAUAAUAAUGCGGUGGAUAUUUGGGCAUUAGGUAUAUUUAUUCAUGAAUUAUUGGUUGGAUAUACACCGUUUCGUGGAAAAGAUUCAAUGUCAACAUACAAUAAAAUUUUAAAAGGAAUUAAAUCCGUAAUAUUCUCAGUUCAAAUAUCAAAUACUGCACAGGACUUAAUUACAAAAUUAUGUCAUCCUGUGUCCACUGAACGUCUUGGAUGUUCGAGCAAUGGUAUUGAAGAUAUAAAAUAUCAUAGGUGGUUUGAUGGGUUUGAUUGGGCUGCAUUAAAAGAAGGUACACUUCCAGCCCCACUAAUAAACGUUACUAAAAAUAAUCAGGAUGUACAAUAUAUGGAUAUUGUUGAUAUUUAUGAAAAUGAAGCGCCAGAAGUUGAUUGGAAUGUAGAAUUUUAAAUAAUUUAUUUCACAUAAUUUUCAGUACCUUUAUAAAAAAAAUUUUCUGAUGUAGACAGAUGUAUGACCUGAACUAUAAUAAUUGUAAAUUAUGAAUUUUCAAAUAAACUCUUUUUUAUUUAAA